AUGGGCGAAUUCCCAACGUUGGUCCGGCCGCCGCCGCUCGACACGUCCAAAGCACCUAUCGAGAACGCGCUCGAGUUAACUGAGCUAAGCAUCAUCGGACCUGAUCUCUUCACCAAUACCCGCGAGCUCUGGCAUCCACCCGGCGCGCGGGGGAUCUACGGAGGCGCCGUUAUUGCGCAGACGCUUGCUGCUGCCCAACGCACCGUCCCGCCGAACUUCGUAGUACACUCGUACCAUUGCUUCUUCGUGCUAGCAGGCGACUCCAGCGUGCCUAUUUUGUACCAUGUCGAGCGUGUGCGCGAGGGCCGGUCCUUCUGCACCCGCACCGUGCAGGCCCGCCAGCGCGGCCACGCCAUCUUCACCGUCACGUGCUCGUUCGUGCGCGAGGGUAGUGGUGGCGAAGAGUCUGUCUCGCAUGCCGUGCCCGUGCCUGCCGAGGCGCUCGCCCAGACCCCUCCCGACGACUACCAGGACCCGCCGUUCCUGCGCCGGGCCGGCGACGAUGACCCGUUCCAGAGUUUCCGAUGCAAAGCACCCGGGGAUGGCGAAGACGAUAGCUCGCCCGCGACCAAGCGCGUGUGGCAGUGGGUUCGCGCGCGCGGCAAGAUUAGCGAGAAGGGCGGUCUUAGGGCGCACCUGAGCGCGCUGGCGUACGUCAGCGACUCGUACUUCAUCGGCACGGUCAGCCGCAUCCACCGGCUGUGGCGGUACCCGGUGCGGCCGGAGGACAUCGAGAAGCUGGAGCCGGACGUGCGGAAGCACCUGGAACAGCUGAACGAGUGGGAGGGGUACGGGACGCUGGAGGGUACGGCGAAGCGGCCCGAGGUGGGCAUGAUGGUGUCGCUAGACCACUCAAUUUACUUCCACAACCCGAGCAAGGUGCGCGCUGACGAGUGGAUGUUCGUCGAGAUGGAGAGUCCCUGGGCAGGAGACGGCAGAGGCGUGGUUAUGCAGAAGAUUUAUAGCCGCGAUGGGACGCUGCUUGCUACGGCGUUUCAGGAGGGCGUUGUAAGAUUAAAGAAGAAGAACCAGGAGAAAGCGAAGCUAUAG